AUGAGCGGCGGGGCGCGGCCGGGACGGCGGCAGAGCUCGGCCCGCAGCCCCCCGGCCAUGAGCGGCACCCCCGGGGCAGCCCCGCAGCCCCGGGCCGGCCCCUCCAGGCCCCGCACGUCCUUCCUCAUCCAGGACAUCCUCUGGGACGAGCCCGAGCGCGCCGGGAGCGGCGGGGAUGCGGGGCUGGGAGCGGGCAGCGAGGAGAGCAGCGGGGCCAGCCCAGCCCCGGGACUCCCCCCCGGGGGUCCCCAUCCCCCGGGAGCCGCGGGGACAGCCCAGGGACCGGACACAGAGGCGCCGGUGGAGCCGUUCCUGCCCGACUGCGCCCCCGCCGUGCACCCCAUGGCCCCGCGGCCUCCCCGGCAGGGCAAACGCUCCCGAGCCGCCUUUUCCCACAGCCAGGUGAUCGAACUGGAGCGCAAAUUCAGCCACCAGAAAUACCUGUCGGCCCCCGAGAGAGCUCACCUGGCCCGGCACCUGCAGCUCACCGAGACCCAGGUGAAGAUCUGGUUCCAGAACAGGAGGUACAAGACCAAGAGGAAACAGGUGGUGGCCGGGAUGAGCCGCUUGGACUCGCGCCAGGAAGCGCCAGAAUUCCCGGGAAUGUCGCUGCUGGCGCUCAGGGGCACCUGGCCCUACCUGCCCUGCCUGUACUACGUCAAUUCCUGGAGCCCCUCCUGGUAG